UGCCGGCAAGUGGCUUCCGGCUGGACCUGUGUGUUGGCGGUGGAGCCGGACAGGGUAGCUGCCGCGCUGACGUGGCUCCCGGAAGUGGGGGGGUUGGCGCCGGGCCGUCAUGUUGUCGCAGGACAGUAAUGAUGACACUGAAGAUGUCUCACUGUUUGAUGCAGAAGAGGAGACAACCAAUAGACCCAGAAGAUCCAAAAUCAGACACCCAGUGGCAUCCUUCUUCCACCUGUUCUUCCGAGUCAGCGCGGUCGUAGUCUAUCUCCUCUGUGAGUUGCUCAGCAGCAGCUUUAUCGCCUGUAUGGUGACAAUUAUCUUGCUGCUGUCGUGUGACUUCUGGGCAGUGAAGAAUGUCACAGGUAGACUAAUGGUUGGCCUACGCUGGUGGAAUCAUAUUGAUGAGGAUGGGAAGAGCCAUUGGAUAUUCGAGUCCAGAAAGUCAACUCCUCAAGACAACCAAACCAUUUCUGAGGCUGAGUCAAGAAUCUUUUGGUUAGGCCUCAUCGCCUGUCCAGUCCUGUGGGUGAUUUUUGCCUUCAGUGCACUCUUUUCCUUCAGAGUGAAGUGGCUGGCUGUCGUGAUCAUGGGUGUGGUGCUGCAAGGUGCCAACCUAUAUGGUUAUAUCCGGUGUAAAGUGGGCACCAAGAACCUAACCAGCAUGGCUACCUCGUAUCUUGGAACGCAAUUUCUACGACAAAACACGGGAAAUACUCAGACUUCAUGAGUAAAGGUGAAGUUUGUGUGUCAUGGGCUCUGGAGACAACGGACAAGACUCUGGUGUUUAGAGCUCAGUCUGUGUUGCAGAGUGGGGUGUUGUCACUUAAUGAAGGAAACCUGGUUUCAUCUUAAACCACAUGGGGCUAGAGAGUGUGGUGUUUCUGGAGACAGCGUUGUGGGCUUAUUUGAUUUUGCUACUUUAUUGGGCUCCUACACCUCUACCUCCUUUCGAGCCCUUAUCCAACCCUAACUCUUCCAACCCCCCAACACUAGGUAGGAGAGAAGGAAGGUUAGAGGGGUAAGAGGGCGUAGACCUCUUUAGACUACUUCCUUCUGAUUAGGGCCAUUGGGGGCAUGUCCAAUCUUCUCUGUCAGAAUAUCUCAAACAACUUCUCAUCAGGCUACAACAGCAGCAAUGAGGAGCAGGAGCUGCCUCUUUGGAGCACCCCUGUCCCUUUCUGGGCUCUGGCAUUUAUACCCUCUCUAGAGUGCCCAGAUUUCCAAGAGUAAACUAUCUGCACCUGGCAAAAACCAUGCCCCUGCUAGCGCACGAGGCAAAUCGUAAUCACCUGCUGUGAAGCAGCCUCUUAUCCCACACCUGGGAUUAAAGCAAAAACAUAUUCACAUGGCAUAACUGGGUUUUUAAAGACACCAAUACUCUCACAAACAAUGUCAGAGUUUUUUUUGUGGUAUAUGUAGGUGUAGACAGACCUGUUACAGCAACGUGUCCCAAAUUCACGUGUCCUUCACAUACUUGAUGGAUCUUUGCAUUUUGAUCCAUACAAUGUAGGAAGAGGUGUUCAGCCUCUCUCAAAUCUCGGUGUUUGCACAUUAUUUCUGUACAUUGUUCUUAGGGGUAAGUUUUGAUUUAGCGGUAAGGGUGAAGAUGUUAGUUUAUGUAUGAAUUAGAAAUAGUUGUUAAUUUUAAUAUGUUCUUUAUGGUAAAAUUUCUUAUUUUAGACUUGUAUAAAGCAAGUAAAAGCCAAAUUUGGGCAGUAGUGUUAACUGAUUUUUAAAAUUUGUUUUUACUUGGUAAUAAGUCAGUUUACUUCAGGUUUGUGUGACACAGUGGGUCUUUGUAGCUGUGGUGGACACUCAGGGGCCUCUGCUGCCGUGUUUCUUUUGUGGCCGUAGAGCUCUCUGGAACCAUCUGAAAUCUCCUAGAGGUCUCUGCAUUAAUGAAAUAUCACCUUUUAAUAAGAAUGUUAUUCUUAUGUAAUAAUGACAGUAAUUGUUUAAAUACGUGGCAUAAGAAAUGCCUAUAAAACAUUGUACGAAUUUAUUUUUUCUUGUUAUAAUGGGAUAUUGUAAUCACAUAUUUGUAUUAAGGAUAUUUCCUAAGAUAAAGCAAUAUACUAUAGACUAAACCAAAUGUAAACUAUUGUAGGCAGCUGAAUUCUUUUGCAGCUACUGUAAAUUUUGUGGGAAUCUUUAGAUUAUGUUGUGAAUAACAUUUGUCCAGUGUUGACAUUUUAAAUGUCUUGUUUUUUUGAAUAAGGAUCUUUAUUAGAGUGUAGCUUGGCAGGUGUAUAACUAUAUUUAUAUAAAGCUGCAGUUUACAAAGCA